UUUGAAAUGGACUCGUCCAAGGAGAGCAAGAGAGUGGACUGUCGAGGUUUCCCAUGUGAAAAUGGGAUCCGUCUGCCUGGGCAGAGAUAUCGGCUGCGUGUGUGUUUUCUACUUUUGGAGCAGUGAAGUGGUUUAUCUUGGUAGACAGUUGAAAAGCUGGAAUCAAGAGAAAGGUUUUGGAAAGUGAAGUACAAACAGAGACAGCAACCUUCAGUUCAAGCACUCGGAGCGGCGGACAGCCGCGUGAUGUGCUCGUCGCCGCGCCGCAAUCGUCGCCACCGCGUCACAUUGGGCUCGGACAGACGCGCACUGCCGCAGAGGUGAUCGGGCCGCCAUGAGUGCCGCGCUAUGGAGCCCGGACGGCCGGCCGGCGCCGCGAGCCGCCCCCAGCGCCGGCGCCGGCGCCGCGGCCGGCCAGCCCGCGCCGCAGCCCGCGCCCUACCACUUCCAAUCGCAGAUCCACGCCUACGCCAGCGUCAGGCCAGCCCGAGAGAAACCGUUUCCCGCGCCGUACCAGCACGUGCUGCAGGACCACAACUACGGCGCCCCGCCGCCCCGCUCCCCAGAGCCGCCGCCCCCGCCCGCGCCCGCGUUCCUGCCGGCCGCGGCCGGCCCGCCGUCGCCGCCGCCACCGCCGGCCGCGCCGCCGGCCCUACCCGUACCUGAAGCGGUGCCGGUGUCAGUCCUGAGGCCGGUCCCGACCGCCCCUCCGGCGCCGGUCUCCCCGCCGCCGCCGCCGCCGCCCCCUCCUCCCCCUCCACCGCCGGCCCCGGCGCCGCUGCUGCUGCCGCCGUCCACGGGCGGGCUCGACAGCCUGGCCCUGGUGGCCUCUGCAGAGGCGGAGGGCCUGCUGUCCUCGCCGCUGCGCGCCGCGGGACUCGGGCUACCGAUCCCGGUGCCGGCGGCGGCGCCGACACCGACGGCCACCCCGUCGACGGCGACGGUCGAGCCCGACGACGGAGAGGAGACGGAAACGGCCCCCGAGUCGGAGACGGUGGACGAUUCGGUCACCAGGUGUAUAUGCGACUUUGAGCACGACGACGGCUACAUGAUCUGCUGCGACCGGUGCUCGGUCUGGCAGCACGUGGACUGUGUGGGACUCGACCGCGCCUCCAUUCCCGACGAGUACCUGUGCGAGCAGUGUCAGCCGCGGCGGCUCGACCGGCGGCGAGCGCGCGCACUCCAGCUGCGCCGCCGACAGAAGCUGCUCACCGACUCGGACGACUCAAUUGAUUCGGGUGGCGAGUCGGCGGCGCGCCCGGCCGCCCGCCAGGUGCUCAAGAAGCGGCCGGCGCGGCCGGGUCAGAAGACGCCGGCCGGCGCGGCGGCGGCGGAGCGGAGGAGGCAGCGCCAGGCGGCGCCCUCCGACCCGGCCAGGCUGUCGACGGACGAUCCCCAGUCGACACCGUCGACCGGCGAACGGAAACGGCCGCCCGUGAAGAAGCAGCGGCGGAUGUCCCGCAGCGGCGCGCCGCGCGGGCCGGCCGUCGCCGCCUCAGCAGCAGCAGCCGAGGACGAGGACGAGCCCACGGACCCUCCGGCCCGCAAGCUGCGCUGCUGGAUUGACGAGUAUGAGGAGGCCGUCACCAACCACUACUCGCCUGAGCUGCGCGCGCGUCUGGCCGGCAUGAGGACGGGCGCCGUGCCGCCGCCGCCGGCCGGCCCCGAGCGCUGCGCCGUCUCGCCCGUGGACAAGGCCGAGAAAGGCCUGGUGGCCGUGCUGCCCAUCGUGGCCAACACCACUCUGCUCGAGUUCCGCGGCCGCUGUAUGCUGCUCACCGAGUACCGCUGCCAGUACCCGCUGCAGAGUAAACGCUACCAGCCGCACGUGCUCAUGUACCGGUUCCCGCGCGACGCGCUGCACGUGUGUGUGGACGCGCGCCGCUACGGCAACUCUGCGCGCUUCGUGCGCCGCUCGUGCCGACCCAAUGCCGUGAUCCGGCACGUGGUGGACCGCGGCGCGCUGCGUCUGCAUCUGGUGGCCAUGGCGCCCGUGCCGCGACACGCCGAGAUCACGAUCGCGCACGACCAGCCGGACGCGCGCCAGCUGGUGUGUGCCUGCGGCCGCGGCGAGGGCUGUCACAUCGCGGCGCAGCACAACAACAACGGAGCCAUCAACAAUAACGGCAAGGCUGCUGCGGCUGCGACGCCGGCCCGCCGCCGCCGCCGCAGCUCUGUCCGACAGCCGUCGCCCACCCCGUCGGCGCCGUCGGAGGACGAGGAGGUGUCGAGCGAGGAGGGCGCGCCGCCGCCGGCCGCGCCGCCCCCGCCCGCGCCCACCACUCACCACAGCACCCCGAGAAAGAAGUCUCCGCACCGCUCGCCGGCCAAGGCGGCCGAUGUCGUGUCGCCCUCCGAGCCGCCGGCUGAGUCGCCACCGGCCAAACAGGAGCCCAAGAAACUGACGCGGGAGGAGCGCAAGAUUGAGGCGAUCAUGAAGGCGUUCGAGCGGAUGGAAAAGAAGCAGCAGCGGCAGCAGGCGACGGCGGCCGCCGGGGAUUCUCCGCGUAAAAACAAACAGUCCAGGGAGGACUCCAACUCACGGAACAACUCGACAGAGGAGCCGCCGCCGCCGCCGGCGGAUAAACCCGGUGGAAGAAAGAAAGGCCGGAAGGGCAGCCGGUCGCGCCUGCUCUCCUCGCCGCGGCGGGUCAGCCAGUCGGCGGCCGACUCUGCCGGCUCUGACAUACACUCUGGCGACGAGACGUCCCCGGCCGGCGCACCGCCGCCGCCCGGACCGUCGGCCGCCGCGCCGCCCCCGCCCCCGCCACCGCCACCGCCGCAGGCCGCCCCGCAGAGCGCGCCCGUCCUCGGCGUCAACUCGCACGGCUUCCGCUUCCCAAAGACCAAGAAGAUGCUGAUGACCGAGUGGUUGAACGAAACGGUGGAGACGGUGGUGCCCCACGCGGCGGACAGCGGCGGCGGCGGCGGCGAGGCGGGCGGCGAGUUCCCGCAGAUGUACGCGCGCGGCGCCCGCUCGCCACCGGGGCACACUCGUCGCGCUAGCCUGAGCAUCAGCGGCGCGGCGCCGCCAGCGGCCGCCAGUCCGCCGGCCGCCCAGCUGGGCGGGUCGGCCAAAAAACGCUGGCUGCGGCAGGCUAUCAGCGAGGAGGGCGACCCGGCCGUGAACGGCAUCGGGACCGGCACGGGCACCUGCGCCAGCCCGCUCGGCAGGCCCGGUGAGCUGCUCCCUGGACGAGACUCUCCGGGUGCAUCCGACUACUUCACGCCUCUGAAGAAGCGUCGGCUGGCGCGCAGCUCCAUCUCCAACGAUCUGACGCCGACCUCGCCACUGACACCGGUGGCCCCUCCGCUGCCCGUGGUCCAGGAGCCCGACUCGGAGUCGUCACCGCUCGGUGCCAGUCGCGAGUCAUCCGACCCGCCUCCGCCGGCCCCUCCACCGGCGCCUCCGCCAGUGCCGGUCCCGGCGGACCCGGACCCGGACUCUGCCAUGGAGUGGACUCUGGACGCGGCGUCUCGGCAGCCGCGCUGCGGCCCUCCGUCGGCCGUGUCGCCGCGCCAGUGGGAGUUCGCGCCGGCGCCGGUGACGGACGCGCGCCGACUCUCCCCUGUGAAGGCUGAGGUGGAGCUGCCGGUGCCGGAGGGGUCCGGCGCCGGGUCGUCGCCCCUCAGACUGGACACCAAGUCGCCGCUGAGGCUGGACGUGCGCGCCGCGUCCGAGUGGAGGACUGAGCCGCCGCCGCCGGCGGCAGAGUUCGGCCGAUCGCCGGCCAAAGAGGACGCUGCUGCCGCGGUGCGCGCGAUCGGGUACCCGCCGGCCGGGUCGCCCGUGAAGCCCGAGCGCGCCUCGGUGCUGUGCGGGGUGGGGAACUCGCGGUACGCGCUGGCCGCCACGCUGCCGUCGCCGGCCAAAAUGGACCCGGCGCUGCCGCUCAACAUGUCGCUGACUGCCUCUGUGUCUCCGGUGAAACGUGAACCGGCUGCGGAGGGCGGCAGGGACCCGGCGCCGUUCGGCGGAUACCAGCUGCUGACCACCGGUGGAGACCCGCGGCUGACGUCCGCUGCCGGCGCCGCAGACUGCACGCUGUCCUCGCUGCCGAAACGAGAGUCCGACCCCGGGGUUGGAGGACUCGGUUUCAUGAGCUCCCCGGCCAAGCGGCACGCCAGCGCGCCAGCGACGGGUGUGGCACUGUCGCCAACGAAGUUCGACGGGUUUUACUCUGUGGCAGCGUCCGAUAACACGGCGACUGCAGUGAAGGCGGACCCCUGUUCUUUACCGCCUAACCAGUCGCCGUCACCCGUGAAAUCUCCGUUUGGGCAGUCGCCCGUGUGCUCUUUGUCGUCGCCUGUCAAGCUGGACUUGUACGCGGCGCCGAGUGUACCCCCAGGCCCAGUGUCGUACACUAAAUUGGACCCUCGCACGUUACUGCCACCCAGCUACGGGCCGAACGCGACCGGUUCGGUGGCGCCUCUGGACUCGUGCGCGCUCUCUCCGGCGGCGGCGGUGCUCGGGACGCGCGUGUUGACAUCGCCAGUCAAGAGCGAGCUGACCGCGCCCCCGCCGCCGCCCGAUGUCGGGUCGCCGGAGAAACAGGAGCCGGCGCCGCCCCCGCCCCCGCCGGCGCCACCUAAGCCGCCGCCCCCGGUGGUGAAACGGCGACUAAGUCUGCAGGACUACCGACAGCGUAAGAAGGACGCGCCGCCGCCUCCGCCGACAGCGCCCGCGCCGCCAUCCUCACAGGCAUCUACCGGGGAGAAACCGACAGCGGAGGCGGCCGACAAGACGCCCACGGAGACGGCGGAGCGGACGCCGCCGGCCGCCGACCCGGGGUCAGCGGAGACCAGCCCGCGGCCGAGUCCGCCCCGGUCCCCGGCGCCGGCCGCUGCCGCCGGGCCGGCGUCCGAACCGGCCUCCGUCACCGCGGCAGCAGCCCCUGCUCCCCCGGCUCCGGUCGCGGGAGGAACAGAUGGCGCCAGCCCCGCGGUGGACCCGGGGCCGGUCCAGUCGCCGCCGUCCCCGCACUCUCCGGCGUCGCCCGCGUCGCCUCCCUCGCCAGCGUCGUCGUCGUCACUGCCAUCUCCGGACGCAGCGCCGCCGAAGCUGGCCACCGUGCGCUGGAACGCGGCGCCCACUAUGCUGGAGCGACAGCGAGAGAACCUGACGGAGCGACUACGACGCGAGUUCGGGCUCAAGGUGGACGAGCAGGCGCGGCCGGCAUUGCCUCCACCGCCGGCGCCGCUGCCGCCCUCGUCCCCGUCUCCGCCGCCGCUGCCGCCGCCGGUGACCAGAGCGCGGUCACCGGUCAAGAAGAGGCCGCCCACACCGCCGCUUGGCACGGUGCGGCGGCGGACGUCAGCCCGGGAGGAGUCGCCGCCGCCACCAGCGCUGCCAGCGGCAGCGCCGGCGCCAGGGGGCGUUCGGCGCGCGGCCGCCCCGGCGCCGGCUCCCGUGCCGCCGCCGCCGCCGCGACCGGUCGUCAGGAGGCCGUCCCGGGACUCCCCGCCUCCGCCGCCACCGCCACCGCCACCGCCACCGCCACCGCGACCCCCUGCCGGUGGAAAGGCGCCGCCGCCCGCGGGCUUUCUGCUCAGGCCGCCGGCGGCUGCCGGCUCCGCUCCUGCGGGUACCGCCGGCUCGGCGCUCAAGCUGCGCUCACCGUUCGCGGCUGGCUCGCGACACGCGCUACCCAACGGUCUGCCGACGUGUCCGCCGCCGCCGCCGCGGCUCGGCGCGCCGCCCGCCUUCCGUCCGGGCCUGUUUCCGCCGGUGCGUCUGCACGCAGCGGCGGCCAGGCUGAACGGACGGCUGCCGACGGCGCCGGCGCCGGCGCCGGUGGGCGCGGCCGGACCCUUCUCGGUGCCGCCGCCGCCGCCGCCACCGCGACCGGUCCCCCCGCCGCCGCCGGCGCCCGUGCCGCCGCCAUUCCCGUGCGCACCACCGCCGCCGCCCCCGCCUCCGCCGCCUCCGCCGGCGCACUGACGGCCUGCAGCCGCCGCCUCCGCUGCCAGAGUGACCGGUCCGCGCCCCAUCCUGUCCCGCUGCCAGACUAAGUGAAGCAGUAUUUUUAUAUAAUGUGUACAAAACUUAUUGGGCGUGGACGGCGCUCUCACAGCAGAAGGCUGCCGACCGUGCGCGAAAGCUGUACAUAUUUUCAGCGAUGAAUUUGUAAAUAUACAUACCAUGAAUGUGUGGAGUCGAUCUUAAUUCCAUUUCUGUUCUCUUGCAAACAGCAUUUCUGUUCUUUGUUCUGUUAUGCAUUGCGUUGUAGAUUGCUGCGAGUCUAGUGUUAAGAGUGUCGUUUUGCUAUGACCUUUUGGCCGGUGGAGUGGCGGUGCGCAGCGCUGGGCGCCGGGCGGCUUUACCGCCGGACUCCUGACCUGAUCGGACUGUGUGGGCCGGUGUGUGGGAGAGGGCCGAUCCGGCCGGGUCUCCGACACUCAAGUACAAAGUGGUUUUAACGUAUCCCGGGCGCCGCGCGCCGGGUCGCGCCCGGCGGGUGCCGCGCCUUCUUUUAAGUGAGUUACACGCGGUGCUUCGAGUGUGAAACUGAAUCGAUAGUGCAUUUGAGAUAAAUAAAUGUGAAAAUGUU